AUGGCGGAGCCUGUCGCGGGGUACGCUACGCCAGACUUGCGUGGCGGGGCAAGCGACAAAGAGGAGGUUUUGGCCUCGGCGUUGGGCGCGCCGAGCGAGACGCCCAUUCCUGCCCCGGAUCAUUUUGACGCCAUGGUCCAAUGUACAGGAACAGAUGCAUCCCCCCGCGUUUCUCGGCCUUUGUCGACGGACGAGCCAUGUGUACACGAUACACAGCACAAUGCGAUGCUUUGGGACACACGAGAUGUUCCUUUCAUAGCGCAUGCUGAACACACUACUCCCGUCUCUGCACCGCUUCUACCUCCCGCUCCAUGCCCGUCUUUGUGGGCGAUUCAGCCUGCUACGUUUGGCGCGAUGCGUUUUGCCACGCAGGACACAGACAAACCGCGCUCUGCGGCCAUGUCUUUAGGUACACCCAAUGCAAUUUCAGCUCUGGUUUCGCCGCUUGCCGCACCAUUGCAUCCACUUGCAUCGGUUGGCUGCCUUGGCGAGACAGACUCGCGGUCCAGCAGCAUCUAUGAAAGGGCUGAUGUGCUUGCACAGCAGUGCUGGGACAGCGACAUGCCGUGGGUCACGAAAGCGACGCUUGUACAAUGGCUUGGCGGCUUGGUACCGCUGCAAGCGCUGACUUUGGAAAAGUACAUGGACAAGUUUGACUUUAGCGGCAUGAGUCUGGAUCGUGCGCUGCGCGCGCUGUGCAAAAAAGUACACAUGCGUGCCGAGACACAGCAGCUGGACCGUGUCUUGGAAAGCUUUAGCAAGCGGUUCUACGCAUGCAAUCCGUCCACCGUCUUUGGAUCGGCCGACGGUGUGCACAGCGUGUCGUUUUCUGCCUUGCUCUUGAAUACGGACUUGCACCUUGCCGAGAUUGCAGAGCACAUGUCCAAGGAACAGUUUGUGGAGAAUACAAUGCAUACGCUGGCUCGGUGCCUUGAACAGCAGCGCGUGCACGAGGCUGCAACUGUGCUGCGCACCAUGUACCAUUCGAUCCGCGACGAUCCUCUGACAGCCGCCGCCGCUCCGACUCCGCCGCCAUCUGGAUUGCGCCGAGCCAUUUCCUUGGGCCGGUGCAGAAGCGUUGUGCAUUUAUAUCGCCGGAAUGCACGCAAGAGUGCAGUGGAUUUCACGGGGAAAGCAGCUCAAGCGGCGGCGCCAUCUUCGCCAGCCUCUGCCGACCAUUUACUGUCCGCACCGGGCUCUCCAAAUACGCCGCCUGUUAUCCAGAGCGAAGCGGACCUUGGCCAAGUGACAUUAUCUGCAUACAGCGCGUUGCCCGUGCAGAAUGGCAUCGUACAUUUAGUACACGCGCCCCAAAAACGCGGCAUGCUCUGGAAACGCAAACGGCCCGAGGUGUAUUGGGCGUCGCUACUGCACGGUGCAUUGGCCCUGUACACACCCCAUCGACGGAGUCCAAGCGAAGGGCCCCGCUUUGAAUAUAAUCUUGUACAUGCGUAUGCACAGUAUACCCAUAAUGCGCCAUGGGCGGCGCCGCAUGCGAUCGAGCUUUGCCUGCCUACAGGCACUAAGGUGUAUUUUGAAAUUCCCGGCGCUGGCGCCGCUAAGGAAUGGAUUAGCGCGAUAAAUCUCUAUGCAGCACAUGUGACAAAAAUUCCAUGGCACAACGGUACGACCAAUACAGACUAUGGCUGGAAAUACGCGGGAAUGAACAAACCCGCCGUGCAGCCAGAAACGUGCAAAGAGCCGACAAAACUGCACUCCACGUUACUGCUCCUGUUCCGGAAACAGCCCAAGCAGUCUACAUCGCCACUUGAUACUUGGGUUCCACCCACCUAUUCCGUGCUGCCCCGAGAGUCGGGCAAUGAGCGGCAGGAUGCACAGAUCCGUGAUCAUGUAGCGACGUUGCGCAAGCAGCUCGACCAGCACGGGCAGGUGCGCUUGCCUAUGGUCGAACUCUGGCGCUGCGAUGCAAAUUCACUUCAGCUUGCUAUACGGAAUUGGGAGAUGAAGCAGGAGCACCUCGCCGCGGAGCUCCACAAAUUCACACUGUACGACGAGGCGAGCCAAGCGAAGCCAUAA